CCCAUUCAAAAGCGGAGGUUGCGGACUUGUUUUUCGGCCGCUGCCAACCGCCGGAUUUGAAUCGGGGCGCCGCUUCCUGGCGCCGGCAGCAGGGUGGCGGUGAGAUGGGCGCCCCUUCGUUGCCGGACACCUGGAAGCCCUUCCUCAAGGACCACCGCCUCGCUACGUUCAAGAACUGGCCCUUCUUGGAGGGCUGCGCCUGCACCCCGGAACAGAUGGCGGCGGCCGGCUUCAUCCACUGCCCCACGGAGAACGAGCCCGACUUGGCCCAGUGUUUCUUGUGCUUCAAGGAGCUGGAAGGCUGGGAGCCAGACGACGACCCCAUGGCGGAACACAAAAAGCACUCGCCUGGCUGCGCCUUCCUGUCUCUCAAGAAGGCGUGUGAAGAAUUAACCCUCGGGGAGUUUUUGAAGCUGGACAAAGAAAGAGCCAAGAACAAAAUUGCAAAGGAGGCCACCAGCAAGCAGAAGGAAUUCGAAGAAACGGCAAAGCAAGUCCGCCGGGCCAUCGAGCAGCUGGGAGCCAGGAAGUGAGGCCGCCCACUGUCCUCCGCGGGUGGGCCGCCGCCUUGCGCGGGCACGGCCCGCCGCCACAGUGCCCUAGGCGGGGAGAACCUCACAACUUCGAAAUGGGAAUAUUUAAACUGUAUUUCUUUUCUCUUGGAAGUGGGGCCAUGGGCUCCUUCUGUCUUCGCCUCUGGUGUCACCGGGUCUGGUGACUGGUCCCUUUUCCGCCGGUGUUUCUGCGCUGUCGGCCCGGGUGCGGCCUGGGCGGAAGGGCGAGAAGCUCGGUCACGUGGGCAGAGCCCUGCCCGGCAGAGUGGCGGGCCACCCGGCCUCGAAGCCCGAGACCCGACGUGAAUGCAAUCAUAGGUCCGCUGUGGCUGGACGAACCGAGAAUUAAGGGUGCCAUUUAAAGUGUCGUUUGCAUAAC